GAGCACGGCAUUAAAAGCGAAACCUGUCCUGGUUCGCUGCCAGAAGGGCCGCUGGCUCCUGAGGAGAAGGGCGGAGACAGGGCGGUGGGAGGCCCGGAACCGGCAGGGCCGGCCCGGAGGAGGAGCGGGGAGGAGAGCGCUGGGAUGGCGGCUCCCGCCGCGCUGCAGAGGAGCGUGGUGUCCCCCGCGGGCAGGCACACCGCCUCCCUCAUCUUCCUGCACGGCUCAGGUGAUACUGGCCAAGGAGCAAGAGCAUGGAUAAAACAAAUUUUGAAUCAAGACAUGGCUUUCCAACAUAUAAAAGUAAUUUACCCAACGGCUCCUGCCAGGCCAUACACACCUCUGAAGGGAGCCUUUUCCACUGUGUGGUUUGACAGGUAUAAGAUUUCUAAUGACUGUCCUGAACACACUGAAAGUAUUGAUUCCAUGUGCCGGCGGCUUACAGACUUGAUCAAUGAUGAGAUUAAGAAUGGCAUUGCAAAGAACAGGAUACUAAUAGGAGGCUUUUCGAUGGGAGGUGGAAUGGCAAUGCAUGUAGCAUAUAGGUUUCAUCAGGAUCUGGCAGGAGUCUUUGUACUGUCUAGUUUUCUUAAUAAAGACUCUGCUGUUUACAAGGCUUUGAAAAGAAAUGAAAGUGUUCUUCCAGAGUUAUUUCAGUGUCAUGGAACUGCUGAUGAACUAGUUCUCUACUCAUGGGGUGAAGAGACCAACAAGAUGUUAAAGUCACUGGGGGUAUCAGCAUCACUUCAUACCUUUCCAAAUCUUAAUCAUGAGUUAAACAGAACUGAAAUAGAAAAACUAAAAUCCUGGAUUGAAAAGAAAUUGCCUGUUGAAGCAGCAAAGGCAAAUGAAUAAAAGAAGAUCCAGCCUCGUGUAAUUCUUGAUUUCUGUGGGUUUAAGAUCACGUGUGGAAGGUAUAUGGGUGUCCCAUAUCCAUUAUGUAAGCACAGCUUCAAGGUAGACACUCUUAUUGUCCGUAAAGUUCACCUAAGUGGUAGAAUGAUGGCGCUGACUAUUAAAACUGAUUUUAUUAUAUGGGUUCCUUUUUGUAUUCUCUUGUCUAUUUUUUAAAUACAUAUCCACAUCAGUCUACAGAAAACAAUGACCAAUAAUAUUAAAAUCAUUCCAAAAUAAUGAAAACAGUGUUCGGGAAGUGUUGCUCUGAAUCUCCCAGAUUUUUUUGGGGGGGAAGGGUGGAAGGGACUCCAGGGGUUGUUCUAGAAUGGAAAAAUACACAGUGGUAUGGCUGUUUAUAAUGACAUUACAGCAGAAAAAGGCCAGUUAUUAAAAUAAUGCAUAUGUUCAAGUUAGUUCAGGGAGAGGAACAGUUGGAUUCUCAGCAUAUGGCAGUGAACCUACCUCAAAGCAGACUUGUAUGUCACCUCAAAAAAAAUGAGGUUUAUGUUAUAUUUUUUAAAAAGUCCUAAGUAGCUGUGUCUAGCUAUACCACAGGCCCUUGUUAUUACCCUUUCUCAUUGUUUUGUUACUCAGAGAUCUAGCUUUGUUUGAGUUUCUUGAGCCCUGUGUGGUUUAUAGUGUCAUAUACUUCAAAAAAGAAGUGCCAUCAUGAUUGUUAAGAUCUGUCCUGUUUUUGAAGAAAUCAUUCUUUGGGCACUGUUCCUGUAGAAACUUAUUUUUGCCAAGAGUUUUCUUUUGGCCUGCGAGAUCACAUUUUAAAUAAAAAGAUGAGGAUACUUGACUCCUUCGUGAAUAUUUAAAAGUUGUAAAUAAUGAUUGUGAUAUAAAGAAAACUUGUAUCCCAUUAUUUUAAUAGUGGAUGAUUCAUCUCUGUGUCAGUUUGAUAAAUUAACUCAGAGUAUAAAUAUCUAUUCUUA